CUUGCAUUGAAGAAGAAGCAUCGCAUAUGUAAUUGGUUUUGACAGUUCGCAGCGCUGAGAAAAGUAAAUAGUUAUGGGACGUAAAUCGAAAACAGCAGCUGGUAAAAAGGGUGCCGCAUCUGCUAAGGGUGCUAUCAACAAGUCUAAAAAAGACAAGAAUAUAUUCAAAGUAAAUGAUGCUAAAAAUAAGAAGAAACCCAAAGAAGUUCAGGGAAAAUUGAAAAAGAUUAAGGAAGUGGUUAAAAAUAAGCGGGAGAAAGUCGAUGCAAACUUGAAAGAACUACACAAGGACAUGGUAGUAAAGAAGCCGAAGGCAGCAGCUAACAAUACACCUAUCAAGAAAAAUAAAAAGGCUCCGGCAACUACGAAAAAAUUAGGAAACCUUAAGUUCUAAAAUGCUUAUUUUCCUAGACUGCAAUAAUUCGUCUGCCCGAGUGACGCAAAUUCAGUGAACUCUCGAUUAUAAUUGAAGUUUAGAUGUUUCAACAUGUACUUAUAUUUUUUAAGUAUGGCGAAAAUUAUAUAAAAAACAACCGGUAUAUGUUAUUGAAAAUUUGA